UCCGAUCUGAUCCGGAUUCGGAUCCAGCGGCAGAUCAGAAGACUGGGAGAAGCUUGCUGCAACUCUACUUAAUUAUACAGGCCGAAAUCCACAAGGUCACAUUCACAAUCGAUCAAGAACUCAAGCUAGGUUGCCAGAGACGACGUCCGUAGACAGUUCCUGUUCGUCUUCCACCAUUUUAAGGCUUUGCUGCUUCUGGUUAUCUUCUGUGUAGUUUGUAGAGGAACCUUGUCAUCAGCAUGUUUACAGCAAGGUUUUUGGGAAGGACACUCCUUGCUGCAGCCAAGUCAGAAGCUUCUGCUGCAGGUGGUGCAGUCAAGUUGGAAGCUUCUGCUGCAGCUUCUUCUUCUGCUAGGACAUCAUAUAAUCCGUUGGAGGAGUUCUUUGAGGCAGAUAGAAAUCAAGAUGAUGAAAAACCUGUUGUCUAUGGUCGCAGUUGGAAGGCUUCUGAAUUGCGUCUUAAGUCUUGGGAUGAUCUUAACAAGCUAUGGUAUGUGCUGUUGAAGGAGAAAAACAUGCUUAUGACUCAACGUCAAAUGCUCCAUGGACAGAACCUACGAUUUCCGAAUCCAGAACGUCUCCCCAAGGUGAGGAAGUCCAUGUGUAGAAUCAAGCAUGUACUCACAGAAAGAGCGAUUGAAGAUCCUGAUCCUAGGAGGUCUGCUGAGAUGAAGAGGAUGAUAAAUGCUUUAUGAUGUCUUCUGAAUUUCGUGUUCCCCGCUCUUACUUCUACUUGUGCAACAAUUAUACUCUUAGUUCUAGGGGUGAUCCUGGGAGUCUUUCUGUGUGUUUGCUACUUCAUGAAGGAACUUAAGCCUUUUGACUGUCUUUUUUUUUGGGUGAAAAGCCAUUGACUGUGUCCAUUGAAGCCAAGGAUUGACACAAUAGUGGAACCACCCUAAUAUUGGUAGAACUGCAAUAAUGCAUAUUUUUUUCUUCAA